AUGGCCCCUUCAGCAAUUGUGGAGAUCAGCGAGGCCAACCAGAUCGGCCAGGACCUCGAGCACAUGUCGGACGCCAUCGACGAUGUCAACUGCAUGAAGUACGACGCGGCGUCCAAGUUCGACUCCGCCAAGGACAAGACGCAGUUCCGCCAGUACGAAGACGCCUGCGAUCGAGUCAAGAACUUUUACCGCGAGCAGCACGAGAAGCAGACCGUCGCUUACAACCUUGCCGCGCGCAACCGCUUCUAUAAUGCCUCGCGCAAGCGCCCGGAGAUGACCAUCUGGCAGGCCAUGGAGAAGCUCAACACGCUCGUCGACGAGUCGGACCCGGACACGUCACUGUCGCAGAUCGAACACCUGCUCCAGUCGGCCGAGGCCAUCCGCCGCGACGGCAAGCCCCGAUGGAUGCAGAUCACGGGCUUGAUCCACGACCUCGGCAAGCUGAUGCUCUUCUUCCCCGAGCUCGAGACCCAAGGCCAGUGGGAUGUGGUGGGUGACACCUUUCCCGUCGGCUGUGCCUUCGACAAGCGCAUCAUCCUGCCCGAGACGUUUGCCAAGAACCCGGAUGUCAAGGAUCCCGUCUACAGCACCAAGCUCGGUAUCUACACUCCCGGGUGCGGCCUCGACAACGUGAUGCUGAGCUGGGGCCACGACGAGUACCUGUACCAUGUCGUCAAGGACCAGUCGACGCUGCCCGACGAGGCGCUGGCCAUGAUCCGCUAUCACUCCUUCUACCCCUGGCACCGCGAGGGCGCCUACCGGGAGCUCAUGUGCAGCAAGGACUACGACAUGCUCAAGGCCGUGCAGGCGUUCAACCCAUACGACCUGUACAGCAAGAGCGACGGUGUUCCGUCGGCGGAGGAGCUCAAGCCGUACUACAUGGAGCUCAUUGACGAAUUUUUUCCGCAGAAGGUGAUUAAGUGGUGA